GCAGCGCGCACUCGUGAAGCUCGUGUGGAGCUCGCGAACACGCAGGACCAGAGCAUCGGGAAAAACACGAGAAUGUGACUGGAGUGUAAAGGAUGAAGGAUGCUUUCGCUGGAAAAGGUCACACGAAUUGCAUGAAGAGCGCUGGGAGGAAAUCUUAACACAACUGCCACGGAUUACCACUAAUGCGCACGCAUUUUUAGGGAACAGGAAUACCAGGAAUGGGGGAUUUGAUGUUUCACCAAAGCAGGAGAGAGGAUCUGAUGAGAAUACUGUACAGCGAAUGAGAAGGAUUCUUCCGGGGAGGAACGGAGCGGCGCUUGUAUGUGUUUUUCUUCAAUGACAGGAGUAAUCCGGCUGAGUUUAAGGGUCUGAAGGCAGGAGACACGUGCUGGAGGAGUUUCUCGGUGUACGUCGGCAUCUAGCAUUUUUACGGACCAUGUGGUUGGCGGUGCGCAAAAACCGGCUCCUUUUGCAUCAGCAGGACUGCUGCAAUGGCAGGGCUCAUGACGUUUCUCUGUGGAUAUGGAUUUUUUGUUGGUGCGUGAUGCUCAUCAGGGGACAAAGCUACCACCCCACCGUGAACACGCAGUAUGGGAAAUUACGGGGCGCGCGGGUCCCGCUGCCCAGCGAGAUCCUGGGACCGGUGGACCAGUACCUGGGCGUGCCGUAUGCCGCCCCGCCGAUGGGGGAGAAACGCUUCCUUCCCCCUGAGCCGCCCCUGUCUUGGUCGGGGAUCAAGAACGCCACUCAUUUCGCACCGGUGUGCCCGCAAAACAUUCACAACGCCGUUCCGGAGAUCAUGAUGCCAAUCUGGUUCACCUUUAACUUGGAUAUAGUUGCCACUUACAUACAAGAUCAAAACGAGGAUUGUUUGUAUCUAAACAUCUAUGUUCCAACGGAGGAUGUCAAAAGAAUAUCCAAGGAAUGUGCCAGAAAACCCAACAAGAAAAUAUGUAGAAAAGGAGGAACCCAUUCCAAAAAACAGGGUGAGGAUUUAUCCGAUAACGACGGUGAUGAAGAUGAAGACAUACGAGACACUGGAGCCAAGCCUGUGAUGGUGUACAUCCAUGGAGGAUCAUACAUGGAGGGCACCGGAAACAUGAUUGACGCAAGCGUGCUGGCCAGUUACGGGAACGUCAUCGUUAUCACGCUCAACUUUCGAGUCGGCGUCCUAGGGUUCCUCAGCACAGGAGACCAGGCUGCUAAAGGGAAUUAUGGCCUUUUGGAUCAGAUCCAGGCUCUGCGCUGGAUAAGCGAGAACAUUGGCUAUUUCGGCGGUGAUUCCAACCGCAUCACUGUUUUUGGAUCAGGAAUCGGUGCCUCUUGUGUGAGCCUUCUGACCCUGUCCCACCAUUCUGAAGGACUGUUUCAUCGUGCCAUAAUCCAGAGUGGCUCAGCAUUGUCCAGCUGGGCCGUCAACUACCAGCCAGUUAAAUACACAAGGCUGCUGGCAGAGAAAGUGGGCUGUAAUGUGCUGGACACACUAGACAUGGUAGACUGCCUGAGAAAGAAGAGCGCUCGUGAGCUAGUGGAACAAGACAUCCAGCCAGCGAGAUACCACGUCGCCUUUGGCCCAGUCAUUGACGGCGAUGUCAUUCCCGACGACCCUGAGAUCCUGAUGGAGCAGGGUGAGUUCCUCAACUAUGACAUCAUGCUGGGUGUUAACCAGGGUGAGGGGCUGCGCUUUGUGGAGAAUGUUGUGGACUCUGAAGAUGGCGUCUCGGGCAAUGAUUUCGACUUCUCGGUCUCUGACUUUGUGGACAGUCUUUAUGGUUACCCAGAGGGAAAGGAUACCCUACGAGAAACCAUUAAGUUCAUGUACACGGACUGGGCAGAUAGAGACAACCCUGAGACGCGCCGUAAGACUCUAGUGGCGCUUUUCACCGAUCAUCAGUGGGUGGAGCCCUCGGUGGUGACGGCAGAUCUUCACGCCCGCUAUGGGUCGCCCACGUACUUCUACGCCUUCUACCACCACUGCCAGAGCCUGAUGAAGCCCGCUUGGUCAGAUGCGGCCCACGGAGAUGAGGUGCCCUACGUCUUUGGCAUUCCCAUGAUUGGCCCGACUGACCUCUUCCCCUGCAACUUCUCCAAAAACGAUGUCAUGCUCAGUGCUGUUGUCAUGACCUACUGGACAAACUUUGCCAAAACUGGAGAUCCCAACAAACCAGUGCCUCAGGACACCAAGUUCAUCCACACUAAGGCCAAUCGCUUCGAAGAGGUAGCCUGGUCCAAAUACAACCCGCAAGACCAGCUGUACCUGCACAUCGGCCUCAAGCCACGAGUCCGGGAUCACUACCGCGCCACUAAAGUGGCGUUCUGGAAGCACCUGGUCCCUCAUCUGUACAACCUUCACGACAUGUUCCACUACACCUCCACCACCACCAAAGUGCCACCGCCCGAGACGACUCAGAACUCACUGUCCACCAAACGUCCCAACGGCAAAGCCUGGCCGUUCAACACCAAGCGGCCUCCGAUGUCUCCAGCCUACAACAGCGAGAGCGGGAAGGAGCAGUGGAACGGAGAAGAGGAACCAGGCCCUCUGUUGGUGGAGAACCCACGGGAUUACUCCACCGAGCUGAGCGUAACCAUCGCAGUGGGAGCUUCUCUGCUGUUCCUCAACGUUCUGGCAUUCGCCGCUCUGUACUACCGCAAGGAUAAGCGCAGACAGGGGCAGCACCCGCAGCCCAGCCCUCCACGAGCCACCACCGCCAACGACAUGAACCGGCACGCCCCUGAAGAGGAGAUCAUGUCCCUGCAGGUCAACCAGACGCACCACGAGUGUGACGCAGGGCCACCCGGAGACCCCUUACGGCUGGCUUCGCUUCCCGACUACACGCUGACUCUGCGACGCUCGCCUGACGAUAUCCCGCUCAUGACGCCCAACACCAUAACCAUGAUCCCCAACUCGCUGGUGGGCAUGCCCAACCUACAUCCGUACAACACCUUCACAGCUGGCUUCAACUCCACCGGCCUGCCACACUCCCACUCCACCACGCGUGUAUAGCUUUAUGGCCAUCCAACAAGAGGGAGGGACGGGGGAAGAGUCUUUGGCUUCAAUGAAAACACUGAUGUGAGAGGAGGGGGUUCAGGACGAUGGCGGAAACGAAAAGAUUUGAAUAGACUUUUGCAAAAAGCAGUGACAAGUUCUUUCCAGAUGUCAAGUUGUGCAAACCUGCCAAAACAGAACUGCUCUCUUUCCUUUGAAAAGGGACGAGCGUUUCAAGCAGUAUUUUUUCUAAUCAUCGUU